GCAUUUCCUCCUUAUUUCCUCUCCAUAUAAAUCUGCAUAGAAAUCGUACUUUAUACUCUUUUCCUCUGUUGGGUCUCUGUUUUGUUUUUCUUCUUCUCUUUUUUUUCCUUGCCUGAAAAAUGCCUGCUUGGUGGCCGAGAAAAUCGAGCAAAAGCAAAGAAGAAACCCAGCAAAAGAAGACUGAUGUGAACAACAACAGCAGCAACAGCAGUAAUGGGAAAGGCCGUAAAGGAGACAAGCCGAGGAGUUUCGAAGAAGGGUCGCGAAAUUCUCCUCGUGGAAGCAAGGAUUAUGGCCUGGCGAUUGCUGGGGCUGGUGGGUCAGCCGGGUUUUCGGGAUUUGACUCGGAUUCUGUGGAGAGGAGAGGGCAUCCCCUGCCUCGGCCAUCGGUUUCAUCGAUCCAGAGUGAUCAUGGAUCUGUAAUAGUAUCUGGGUCGGGUUCGGUCUCCAGUGUUAGCUCUUCCGAGUCAUCCGAAGAUCAUCAUGUAGGGAAUGAUCAAGCAAUUCAGUUGGGUGGUUACAGAGGACAAGGUGAGAUCAAGUUCAACACAGGAUCAAGGAGCCCUGGCCCUGUGUCAAGAGGGGCUACAAGUCCCACAUCACCUCUUCAUCCUCGUUUGGGUGGUACGAGCCUUGAAUCUCCAACCAGUAGGUUGGACGAUGGGAGAAGUCAAGGUCACCCAUUGCCUCUUCCACCAGGUUCUCCUACUAGCCCUUCUGCCUUGCCAACCACAAGAAGUGGAGGAGUCGCAGAUAAUGCACCUUGUUCUUCGUCAAAAUGGAAGAAAGGGAAGCUCCUUGGAAGGGGGACAUUUGGCCAUGUUUACGCUGGAUUUAACAGUGGAAAUGGACAGAUGUGUGCAAUAAAAGAAGUGAGGGUCGUUUCUGAUGAUAAGUCGUCCAAAGAAUGCCUCAAGCAAUUGAACCAGGAGAUAAAUUUGCUUAAUCAACUGUCGCAUCCAAACAUUGUUCGGUACUAUGGAAGUGAACUGGGUGAAGAAGCGCUCUCUGUUUAUUUGGAAUAUGUUUCUGGUGGCUCAAUCCACAAGUUACUUCAAGAAUAUGGUGCCUUUGGGGAGCCUGUUAUUCAGAACUAUACCAGGCAGAUUGUAUCUGGACUUGCUUAUUUGCAUGGAAGAAAUACAGUGCACAGGGAUAUCAAAGGGGCUAACAUAUUAGUAGACCCUAAUGGUGAAAUUAAGUUGGCAGACUUUGGCAUGGCUAAGCAUAUUACCUCUUGUUCCUCGAUGCUCUCUUUCAAGGGAAGCCCUUAUUGGAUGGCACCCGAGGUUGUCAUGAAUACGAACGGGUACAGUCUUGCUGUGGAUAUAUGGAGCCUGGGAUGCACAAUUCUUGAAAUGGCAACGUCAAAACCACCAUGGAGCCGAUAUGAAGGGGUGGCUGCAAUAUUCAAAAUUGGGAACAGCAAAGAUAUGCCAGAUAUACCUGAUUAUCUAUCUAACGAUGCGAAAAAUUUUGUGAAAUUAUGCUUGCAACGAGAUCCGUCAGCUCGUCCUACUGCAGCACAGUUGUUAGAUCAUUCUUUUAUUCGAGAUCAGGCAACUACAGGAGUUGCUAACAGAAACAUAACCAGGGAGGCCUUUCCUCUUAAUUUCGAUGGAAGUCGAACACCGCCCAUCUUGGAGCUGCAUUCCCAUAGACCAAGUAUCACUUCUGAUGGAGAAUAUGCAUCGAGGCCGGUGGUAACAACGAGAGUUCUGAACAACCCUAGAGACAAUGUAAGAAUGAUCACAUCUUUGCCUGUAUCUCCUUGUUCAAGUCCGUUACGUCAGUAUGGACCAGCACACAAGAGUUGUUUUCUCUCUCCUCCUCACCCAGCAUUUCCCAUGGUUGGCGGACAAAGUAAUUACAACGUAAACGACUAUUCAGCACACCCAAUGAGACCAAAUUCAAGAUACACUCACGAUCCUUGGUUUGAUAACUCUCUACUGAAAGCUCAAACCCCUGGUGCUUCUCCCAAAUCCAGACAUAUACUCUGAGUAAGUGUACAUACGUAUCAGCGCACACAUGUGUUCGUGCUGCAGAAGGUUUCAGCUGUCCAUUUUCAGCACACCAUGAUUGAGGGGAUCGGAUAAUAUAGGCGUAAUCAGAGGCCAUGGAUCUUUUCACAUGCCAUAUAGAUCCCGGAUUUCUUGAUCUUAAGACAGUCCCAUCUCCGAUUAUUGUAAAUGGAAAGCGGGUCCCCCGCCCUUGUAGCAAUUCACGUUUUAAACUAGUUUCAUGAUAUAUUAGCAUUGCUUAUAUCUUCAGCUUUACAAGUUCAGGUAAAGUAUAUAUGAAAAAUCUUCCAGUUAGGCUGGAAUGUUGAAUCCUCCAUAACCAAAACCUUUCUUUUUGCCUUC